AAAAGGGUCAUAGAGGUAAAGAUAUUUUAUCUGCAAGUGUGAUGCUUCAUGAAAAUAGUACAAAUAAGAGGCUAAUAUGCAACGGUUGUGAGAAAACAUUUGAAAACAUCACCAUGUUACGAUUGCAUUACACGAGGGUCCAUGCAGUAAAGAAAUUACAGUGUCCAAAAUGUGAUCAUAAGUUUGCUACUAGCAAGUUGCUAGAAUACCAUCUAAGUCUUUCCCAUGUGAAUGCCGUCUGUUAUGAAUGCGGAAAAACCUUUACUAAUAUAGCGAGUUUAAAGAAACAUGAACUCUCCCAUAAUGUCUUAUCUAAGUAUAUCUGUCAGAAUUGUCACAGAGUAUACAAAACAUUACGAACCAUGAAAGAUCACAUUUACAACGCAGUUUGUGAGCGGGGAGGCAGAACAGGAAAAUCAGUUAAUAUAGGAAAGUUUAUUUGUGAUAUUUGUGAAAACCAUUUUGCUACGAAGAAUGCUGUACGCUCACAUAUGAUCACUCUUCACGGGUUUGGAUGUGACGAUGCUGUACACACUUGUUCAUGGUGUAAUAAGAGAUUUGAAGCGCUCAGCAGUCUAAAAGGCCAUAUAGUUAAGCAUACUAGAGAACGCAGGUUCCAAUGUGAUCUUUGCAAUGAAAAGUUCGUUACACAUCCAGCAUUAGUGAUCCAUACUCGGUUGCACACUGGGGAAAGACCAUAUCUGUGCGACUACUGUGAUGAAGGUUUCAUCUCUGCUUCAAGACGGAUGGAACAUAUGAGAAGAAAGCAUUUGGAACCAUCACUUCCAUGCAGACUCUGUCCCAUGAUAUUUAAAUCUGGCGCUGGUAAACGGAAACAUGAGCGAAGGCAUUUUAAUCCUGCGAGCAAGCUAUAUGUGCAGAAGGCUCUCAGGCCCGUAGGAAUCAAAGAACCAAAAGAACCUACACCAUCUACGAUCAAAAGGACGGUAGUAUGUAGUUAGUUUCAAUAUCUAGAAAACUAAUAAACGCACAUUAAGGAUAGGAUUAAGUAUCCCUUAUUUUUAGCAUGGUUUAAUUUAAAUAACACAUUUUAAAGAGGCCAUUAAC